AUGAGCGUGAGCCCCAACCUCAGCCCUAUCCUCCCUGAGGACUCCCUGCUCACUUCCCUGCUUGCCCCUAGGCUCCCCUACACUUGGCCGACUCCCCUGCUGCCACACCAACCUCCCCACCCUGAGUCUGCCUCUGGCACCAUGCCCAGCAUGACUCCUCUACUCCACCCACUUGGCCCCCACUGGGCCACUACCAUUCCCGUGCCCGACUCCAGCCCAACUCUGAGUCCAGUGUGUCAGGAUCUGGACCCCAGCUGGGAGUGGCCAGAGGGCGAGGCCGGGUGUGGAAGCUGGGCCUUCACAGGGAAUGAGCUGGUAUUCAUUGAAAAGCGGCUGGAAUCUCCAUCACAACCCGCUCUAUCGGGUUCCCCCAUUGAAACCGACCCUCUCCACUUCGGUCUCAGCUCCAGCGAGAGCUCCAGAUUCCUCGACUUAGAGACCAAGCAGCUCGGUACUCUGACAUCAGAAGAAAGUUUCAACCUACUUCCUGAGUCCGCAUCAGACACCGCUAUGUCUACUCAGGAACAAAUCCAACAGCUGUUCCAAGCGCUGCUCACUGCCCAGGCCACCCAAGCAGGCCAAGCACUCCCCCCUUCUCCGAGACCUCCCAAAGUUGCCACCCCGUCACCGUUCAAUGGUGACAGGGAAAGGCUAGAUGACUUUCUAGCACAGUGCCGCCUGUAUCUAUCUCUCCACCAUACUGAGUAUCCUGAUGACCAACAACAGAUCCUGUUCGUACUAUCGCACAUGAAGGAAGGGACAGCAGCCCCUUGGGCCUCCCAGAAAAUCAACGCUUACCUCUCCUCCAAUGCUGCCAUCCCUAUGCUCGACAAUUUCCUCCAAGAGCUGAAAGAUAUGUUCGCUGAUCCAAAUCGAGCAGCGACCGCGAUGCAGAAACUAUCAGACGCUAGGCAAGGAAUCAGCCUGGUAGAGACAGUCAUUCAGCUCUUUGAGCUCCACGGACCACCCUCGGGGCUAGGAGAGACCGGGUUGAUCGAUAAGUUCCAGCGAGCGAUCACCCACUGCCUCCGAGAGUCCAUCUAUGGGUCUCACCCAUUCCCAACGACUUGGGAAGACUGGAAGCAGCACGCAUUGCUGCUAGACAACCAGCACAGAAGGUUCAAUCACUCCAGGCGCAGAUGCGGCAAGGACGGACCUUCGGGAACCUCCCUCAUCGGACACGCUGUAGGAGAAAUAACGGUCACACUAUGGAAACCCAUUAUGGAAAUAUGCCAGAUAAAUCACAAAACCCCAUACGACAAGUAG